CAUAACCAAGAAAAAAGUUACGGAGAAAAAUAUUUACUGUUUAUGAAGUGAUGUAACAUGUUCUUAAAGCGUAAUCAAAAACCCGAUGGACAUUUUUACUUAAGAUGGAGCAUCUUCCAAAUAGAGAACAUAUUAUGGUAGCUCCUGGAGUAAUCACUGUAGCGGUGCUUCUAAAUAUAGGAUUUAUUUUUAGGUUGGAGCUAGCCAUAGUUUGAAUCAGGAAUCUGAUCUAAAGCUGCAUUUCUAGGAGGUUUCUAAUAGUGACAAAAAUGGCUAAUGACUUAACAAUCAGAGGUAAAGACAGAUUGCAAGAAAUUAGUAUGAAAUUAGAGCAAAGUCAUUUAGUUUAUUUACAAACAGAUGACAGUCCAUUGAAGUUACAACAACGUCAUAAACUUGAAGGUUUCAUUAAAGAAUACCUCUGUCUUGUACCAAACGAGAACAAAUAUGUAUUUCAAGAAACUGCAGAUAUAUUGCAUAGAUCAGCAGCUACACUACAAGACUUUAGUGGAUACAGAGCCACAACUGCCUGGAGUGCUAUUUCCUUAUAUGCUGCUAAUCUUUUGGCUCAACCUUGGAGGAAAGAAUAUAGAACAUUAAGGACUUAUAGUGGAUAUUACAAACAUGAAGUGGAAGCAAAUUUGAUUGGAGCAGAAUUAAUGUUUGAACAAAUGGGAUACAAACAUACAGGGUUAGGAAUUCUCACUUUAGAGGGUCCUAUUGAUCCUGAUAAAGUAUCCAGUGUUAGCAGGGAUGCGAUUGUAGCCUUUGUCGAAUGUCAGAUUUUGAAGCAGAUAUGGGAGAGUGUUUCUCAGAACUGUAUCGUCUCUUGGUUGGAGAUUUUAGAAUUUCGGGAAAAUCACGUUGGUACACCGGAGCAAGCAAUCAGAGCAUUGAAUUAUCGUUUCCUUGAAAAGAUGCAUCAAAAUCGCACGAAAUCAGAAAAUUAUAGUGACCACCACUAUCCGCAAGCAACGUGCAUAGACACAGCAUCGCCGUCAGUUCCCUAUCACAUAAUGCCUUCCAAUUAUAAUAUGCCAUUACCAGUUUGUCAGUCAGAUUAUAGAUACAUUGAAGACACAAACGCGAUACCCGGAAACUAUAGAUAUUUUCCACCAAUGGAUCAUGGCUUUGUAAAUCGAUGUAGUGCCUAUGGAUGUUUACCACAUGGCAACAAAUAUUUCAACGGUGUCCCAAAUCCUUUCUAUACUACAAUGCCGGCGUACACGAGGGUACCAACAGGCAGAUUAAUUGAGGUCGAUAUGCCAGUAUCGGUUGCGAAUUAUGAUAAACUGCAUAAUCGAAAAACACGAAUACCAGACAUGGACGAAGUAGAUUUUUAUAGGAAACAAUCCAGCGACGGAGAUCAUUACGAUUACGGGAAAGUUGACACGAAGUCUGCGAAAUCAAUUACCGACAGAAAUGAUUACGAUUCUUGGGAUUUCGUAUACAGAAAUUUAGAAAGCCUGGGGUACUCGAAAGAUCUUGGCGAUCGAGAAGAUAUUUUGCACAAACGAGAAUGCGACUCUCGAACGAGCAAACAAAAAUCAUUAAAGCAAGGCGAUAGCGAUGAAAAAUAUAAUACGUAUCGUUUUGAAAAAAGAAGAAACGGAAGAACCGACGCGAAUGAGAUUGAUUCGUCUAUGACCAACGGUCGACACUAUCAUCAUGAUACGUUACCUUUUAAAAAGAAGUCCUCGUCUUUCGAUUUAACGGAUUCCAACAGAUAUCGUGUCGAUACAUCUCCCGAGGGUCAUUCAUCCUCUCACAAUAAGGAUAAAAAGCACGGUAGUCAAACACUUCCCAUUCAACGUUCUCACCGAUCCUCUGAUCAAAUUGCAAAAAUUGUAGAUUCGUUAAAAAAUUUAGAGCUGUCUCACUCGAGAAAAGGGGACGAAUUAAGAGAUGGAAAUAAAUGGAAUUGUGCUACUUGUACGUAUCUUAAUCCUUUAUCGAGAGAAAUCUGCGAAAUGUGUGGGAAAUCCAGGCACAAAGGUAACGAGGAUAAACCAUUAGCAAGUGGUGGAAAAGAGUGUCCAAAAUGUACGCUAGUAAAUGAAAAGAAUGUUUCGAUCUGUGAUGUCUGUGGUGCCAGUUUAAAAGAUUCGCCUACCUAUAUUUAGAUAAAUUAUUUUAAAUAAGUAUCCUCGUACCGUAUUCCACAUAAAAUAAAUAAAAAUGGUAAGUACAUUGCCUGGAUACUUCGUGCUGUCCUAAUAUGUAUGCUAAGGUGUUUGGAAAAACUGUUAGUACUUAUAAUGCUAUUUAGUGGCUUAUGUAAAUGGUAACAGAGUUUCUCAAUCACUUUAUCUAGAAAAAAAAUGAUAAGAGUAUUGUAUUAAUCGAAUUUACAAUGUCUGAAAUGUAUAAUGAAGAUAUAAAAUUAUUUAUUUAAAAUUGUUUGGGUAUAGUAGAUUUGUGAUAUGGAUGUGUUAGUAUUGUGGUGGCCUAUUACUUGUUUGAAAAAGGGUAAAAAUGGGCAUGUGCGAAUACCAUUUUUUGUCGAAUCAAAUCAAACAGAAAUUUGACUCCUUGAGUAUCUUUCAUUGAAUAUAAUAUCUAAUUAAAUUAGUCAUACAGAUAAUUAUACAAUUUUAAUGCAUCAAAUUAUUACUAAAUUCGCAUUUUGUUCAGGCUUUACUUGUAGAUUUGAUUCGACAAUAUAGUAUUUAAAUAUAUUCGGGUGUUUACCUAAAAAUUAUGAAUGGAUAAAGAAUUAUUGAUUAUAUUUGAUAGCCUAAAUAGUUUGUAAUACUGAAAGUUAUAUAAAAACUAUUUAUUCUACGACGCCUGUAUUGUAUCCAUAUGAAGAACUCAUAAGAACUUGUAUUUUAGAAAAAAAAUCAUGUUGGAUUGUUAUUUAGAAGAAAAGAUGUUAUCGUAUACCGUAUAUGUAUUUCGUAACAUUAUACAGAUGUUUAUGGCUUUUUUGUUUUUCCUGAAAUUGAAGAAUUUUACAGGGUUUUAUUUAAUUGUCUUUGUUUGUUAAUUUGAAUACUAAUUAAUAUGUUUCAAUUUUUGAAAGUAUGUUACAACAAAAAUUAGUAGAAGAUAUUAAUUGAUUAAAAGAUUCAUUGGUUGACAAAUAAUUACUAAAAAUUGUAUGGUGUUCUAUUUAAAUUAAUUACUAGAACAAUUGAAACAAAUCAAUGACUUUUAUCUUCGAGUACUAGUCUAUACGACAUUGGUCGUGAAGUAAUUAUUUUCACAUAGAUGCCCCAAUUAAAAUUUGAUAUACACUGUGAAUAUGAAUAUGAGUAAAAAUAUUAAGUUGUCUUAAACAUAUAAUUCAAGGAUAUUUAUUAUUUAAAUAAUUUGUUGUUAUCUAGAUAAUAUCAUUUUAGAAAUACAAUACUUAUGUAUGUAUACAUCACAAAUGUAAAUUACAUAAUAAUUGAUAGACUGCACAGUAUUCGAAUUAAUGGAAGUAUCAUUUGAAUCUAAAUAUCCUCUUGAUAUUUAUAUAAUUGAAAUAUUGGAUUUAAAAACUGUAACAAAUAAUUAUUUAUUCUAUGCAAAAAGCCGUAUGAAAUACUUUGGUAUUUAUUUAUACAUUCCUAAUGCAUCGAUUCAUCACUUAAUAAUAUCUGUAUUACGUUUUGAGAAAUUUAUUUCUACUUUAGACGUUUACUUUAGGCAACGGUAUAAGUAUAUGUAUAUUAUGAUCAGUACAUAGUUAUGUAUUCAUGUAUUGAUCGAUUUAUUACAAUCGAGAGUUAUCUCA